GGACUGGUCGUUUGAAAAGUGGAACAGAUGUCAGAGUCAGCCUGAGCGCUCUGACGGAACUAUUAUAGUGUUGCACAGCUAAGAAGUGAUCCUGCUAGCAUGGCGUCGGGUCAUUUAUGUAAACUUCACAGUCUCUUAAGGAGACUCUCUAACGGCGCCACACUGCGACAUGGACAAACAUGUUUGAUGCCAGUGCGACAGAAGUCCAGUGUCCGUGGUCCUUCAAUUGAUGCCCAUAACUGUAAUGUGGAAAUCGGUGUGACUACAGAUGGGAAAACCAUAGUGUGCUACCAUCCCGCUGUUGACGUUCCCUAUGAGCUUACUCAGCCUAUAGAACGGCCAGACCCCCUGACCAGGCCGGUUGAGACCCAUGACCAGAUUUUAAAGGCCCACCUCAGCAAGGAGGUGCUGAAGGACAAAAAAGGUCCCACUAUAGAGGAGCUGAGCAAGAUGUUUUUCACCACCAAGCACCGGUGGUAUCCAGUAGGACAGUACCACAUGAGACGCAGAAAGAAGGACCCUCCAAAGGACAGAUAGUUGAAGGCCAAAGUUACAAAACUACAAAAGACGUUUGUUUGUGUUAUUGUCAAAAUGAUGUGUAAUAAACUGUUAAAUAUUA